AUGGAGAUCUCUUGGGUUUUCAUAGUGUUUGGCUCAUGGCUAUUCGCAUUUGCUUUUGUCUUAAAAAUAUUGAACCAUCCUCCCAAAAGGAAAUUACCACCAGGUCCAAAGCCAUGGCCAAUUAUUGGCAAUUUGAAUCUCCUUGGUUCACUCCCACAUGUAUCUUUGCACCAUCUUUCGCAAAAAUAUGGAGAUUUAAUGCUACUAAAAUUCGGUUCGAAGCCUGUUUUGGUAGCAUCAUCUCCAGAAAUGGCUAAAGAGAUACUGAAAACACAUGAUGCUAUUUUUGCAUCUCGUCCCGAAUUAGCUGCUGGUAAAUACACUAGUUAUAAUUACUCAGACAUGACAUGGGCGCCUUACGGUGCACACUGGCGUCAGGCUAGAAAAAUCUACCUAACUGAGAUAUUUAGUCCUAAAAGGCUUGAUUCAUUUGAAUAUAUCCGUGUUGAGGAAGGACGGACUUUAAUUUCUCGUCUUUUUCCUCUCUCAGGAAAACCAGUUUUGCUUAAAGAUCAUUUACCUCGAUUUACACUUCGCACUAUAAGUAGGUUGGUUAUGAGUGACAAAUAUUAUAAUGAUGACCAGUCAAUAAUAACACUUGAAACGUUACAACAGAUGCUCGAUGAGUGGUUUCUUCUAGGUGGGGUGAUUAAUAUUGGGGAUUGGAUACCUUGGCUUAGUUGGUUCGACUUACAAGGAUACGUAAAGCAAAUGAAAACUUUAGGGAAAAAUUUCACAAUUUUUUUUAACUAUGUAAUUGAAGAUCACAAGGCAACAAAGAGACAAAUAGAGGAGGAUUAUGUUGCUAAGGACAUGGUUGAUACUUUGUUGCACUUUGCUGAUGACCCUAAUCUUGAAGUUAAGCUUACGCCCGAUAGGCUAAUGGGAUUAAUACAUGAUUUGAUAUCAGGUGCAACAGAUACUUCAGCAGCAACAAUAGAAUGGGCAUUUCAAGAACUUUUGCGGAGUCCAAACAUCAUGGAGAAGGCACAACAAGAACUUGACAGAGCCAUUGGAAGAGAACGAUGGGUAGAAGAAGAAGACUUCUCUAAGUUACCUUAUAUAGAUGCCAUAAUCAAAGAGUCAUUUAGACUUCAUCCUUUAUGUGCAUUGCUUCCUCCUCAUUACUCCAUUGAGGAAUGUAAUGUUGCUGGUUAUGACAUACCAAAAGGGACAAUUGUUUAUGUAAACGCAUGGUCUUUAGGGAGAAAUCCAAAGUAUUGGGAUAGGGCAGAAGAGUUUAUUCCUCAAAGAUUCAUAGAAAAUAACAUAGACAUAAAAGGACAAAAUUUUGCAUUGUUGCCAUUUGGUUCGGGAAGGAGAAAGUGCCCGGGGUAUAGCCUAGGUAUGAAGGUUGUUCGAACAACAAUGGCUAAUUUGUUGCAUGGAUUCAAUUGGAAAUUGGCAGGAGAUAUGAGGCCAGAAGAUAUAAGCAUGGAGGAGAUUUAUGGAUUGACUACGCACCCAAAUAAGCCUGUAUCUGUGAUUAUGGAACCAAGACUUCCCCUCCAUCUUUAUUAGAACUAGCUUUAAUAAUAAUAGAAAAAAAGGAAAAAAAAUCUUUAUUUCAUUUUCUUGAACUUUUUAAUCAGUUGGUUUUAGUAGUAAUCCAAUGGUUCUUAUGGGUAAUGCUCUAUUUUGGUCCUAAAUCUAUAUCACUUUAUUGAAAUCCUUCUCAGUA